AUGAUUCAGCCCUCACCGCCGCCGACGGCGCCCGCGAUUUGUGCCUAUUGCGAUGGGGAGAUUGACGGCCAAAUUCUGACGGCCCUCGCUCCAAACUCAGAGCGCGCCCAGAAGUUCCACACCUACCACUUUAUGUGCACCUAUUGCCAGAAGGCGCUGAACAUGCACGGCACGUACCGUGAGCACGACCGGAAGCCGUACUGCCACGACUGCUUCUAUAAGCUCUACAACGGGCUUCAGUACUGCCCCGAUGAGCACCAGAAGACCAUCGAGAAGCUCAUC